CGUGUGUUGAUGAGUUUGUGACUGAACGAUUGUAACAACUUGUUAACUUCACUAAACAGACUGUAACUUGCGAUAUUUUAAUUACUUUAACGUGUAAAUAACGGUAAUUUGUGUAAUUAUAUUGUAAAUAUUAUUAGUAAUCCAACGCAGUGGCAUAUUUUAGCCGUAUGACUCUGAUAGACGACUGACAGUUCUCCAACUUUUAAGUCCGCUAGACUUGAUCGUCUGCUACAGACGACUGUUUUUGUUUUCUCACGGAUUACUACUUAUGCUAACUGACAAUGAGACGAAAUACAGUGACAAUUAUAAAAUAUUUACUUUUUGCAGCGUUUCUUGUCAUUGUUGGACCAUUAACGUUGAAAUUUUUGUUUAAAAGUGGACCAAAAGAUGAAUAUGUAGAGACUGGCAGAGGACUCAAGCUACCACAUUCACCAGACAGAAAGGAUCAGCAUGAAAUUCCAGAAAUAUCUGAUACUGAAUUAAAGAAGAUAGACUGGCAUAACUAUAAACUUAUAGAAGAGGAACGGUCGAGAACAGGUCCAGGAGAGCAAGGAUCUGCACUGAUUUUAGGUGCUGAAGAUGAAAAGCAUAAAGAUGAACUCUACAAAGUCAAUGGCUUCAAUGCAUUUGCCAGCGACAAAAUUUCACUGGAACGAUCUGUUAAAGACAUAAGACAUAAUGAUUGCCGAAGUAAAAAAUAUUUGAACCGAUUGCCAAAUGCUAGUGUUGUGGUUCCAUUUCACAAUGAACAUUGGUCAACAUUACUAAGAACUGCUCACAGUGUGAUAAACAGAUCACCCAAAUAUCUAAUACAUGAAAUUCUUCUAGUUGACGAUUACAGUACCAAAGAAUUCCUCAAAGAAAAACUUGACAAUUAUUUGAAAGAACACUUUACAAACGUGAGGGUAAUCCGAGCCCAAAAGCGUGAAGGCCUGAUCCGAGCUCGGCUUCUAGGAGCCAAACAUGCAACAGGACAAGUUCUAAUUUUCCUGGAUUCUCAUUGUGAGGCCAAUAUAAACUGGCUGCCUCCAUUGCUUGAACCUAUAGCCCAGGACAAACGGACAGUGGUUUGCCCAUUCAUUGACAUCAUUGACUACGAAACUUUUGCUUACCGAGCCCAAGAUGAAGGAGCAAGGGGAGCCUUUGACUGGGAAUUCUUCUACAAACGACUACCUCUUCUAAAGUCUGAUCUAGAACACCCUGCAGAACCAUUUAAGAGCCCUGUUAUGGCUGGAGGAUUAUUUGCAAUAAAUCGUGAAUGGUUCUGGACACUUGGAGGCUAUGAUCCAGGACUUGAUAUAUGGGGAGGAGAACAGUAUGAGCUCUCGUUUAAGAUUUGGCAGUGCGGUGGGCAGAUGGUCGAUGCUCCAUGUUCACGAAUCGGUCACAUCUACAGAAAAUUUGCUCCUUUCCCUAAUCCUGGAGUAGGAGACUUCAUUGGACGAAACUAUAGAAGAGUGGCUGAUGUGUGGAUGGAUGAGUAUGCGGAGUUUAUCUACAAACGUAGACCUCAUUACCGAAGUGUUGACCCAGGAGACAUCUCAAAACAGAGAGAGAUCAGGAAAAAGCUGAACUGCAAGUCAUUCAAAUGGUUUAUAACAGAGGUUGCUUUUGACCUUGUGAAGGUUUACCCUCCAAUAGAACCAAAACCAAUGGCUGAAGGAGAGAUUAGAAGUGUGGCCAGUAAUCUUUGUAUUGAUACCCGGUUUAAGGGAGGCAAUGAGAGAUUCCAACUUGAACCAUGCAUUACAGAUGGUGAAGGUGCAAACGGAGAGCAAACAUUUGAGUUUUCUUGGCACAAGGAUAUUCGACCGAAAAAGCGGAAUGUAUGCUUUGAUGUUUCACAGUCCAUUAAUAAAGCUCCUAUUAUUCUCUUUGGUUGUCACAAUAUGCAAGGAAAUCAAAGAUUCAAGUACAAAGUGGCUACGUCUCAGAUCUAUCACCCUGUGAGUGGACAGUGUCUAGACAGUGAUGGUGGUAGUCAUGAACUGUUUAUGACGCCCUGUGACGAAACCGCAGACACACAGAAAUGGAAAUGGUCGAACAUGAAUACCACUAUUGUUAUACAAGACUGGGAUGUGCCAUUAGACUAAGGGUGUAUACAAUAGGGUAUAUAUUGGUAAAAUUAGGAAUUUGGGAUAUUUAUAUUUUUGUAGCAUUGGAAAAAACAAUCAUAUGCUUAGUAUUUACUGUAUUAAUUGAAAAUUUAAAUGAGAGUAUUUAAAAAGAAAUAUUAUUUAGUUGGUUUUAUUUUUGUUACAUUUUGUUAGUGUAAAGAAGUUACUUAAUUUUAAUAUGUACCCAUAUACAUUCUGGUGGCAGUAAUGUGCUAGUUUUAUUUUGUUACUUUGAAGUACUACACAAUAGAGGAUAUACUGAAGAUGAGGUUUACCAUUUCCAUAAUGUUACAAAUCAUUGAAUCUAUGCACUGCUAUGCAGAAAUUUGAAGUGUUUUUACUAUGAUAAAAUACAUGUAUUUAUUGUCAACAGCAAAGUGGUGAUAUGACACAUCUUGGAAGUUUUUCUGUUUAUCAUAAUACUUUUGUUAUGUUUUUCCUUAAAAUAUUCUGCAGAAAUCCUUUCUAAUGUAUAAAACAUAGGGAUAAAUACAUACAUAUAUACAUGUAUGUGUAUAUAUAUAUAUAUAUAUAUAUAUAUAUAUAUAUAUAUAUAAAAAUUCUUAACUUGACUUAUUUAAAAAUAAAAACAGUUUAUUCUUCUGAGUCUGAAAUUAAUUUACAGUUCUUAUCUGUUGGAGUAUUAAUUUGUCAUGCAAUUUGAUCCAUAUUUGUUAUGCAUUGUACAAAGCCAAUGCAGUUUUCACCAAAAUAUGUUAACUAUAUUUCUAUAGUACAUGUACAUUAUACAGUCCUGACAAUCUCGCCAAGUCAUUUGCAGUUAUCAACUUUUUCAUAGUUCUAAAAUGCAUGUUAUUUUUCGUCUUCACUUUUCUUCCACAAAAUCACACCAGUGCACAUUUUGUUGGUAUUUAUAAAAUUAUAUGGAACUGGGAACAAGUGUUAAAAUGUGAAACAGUGAAACCCUGCUAUUGCGACCAUCACCGGGACUUAUUAAAAUUCGUCUUAGUAGUGGGGUGGUCCUAAUACCAAAUUACUAACAUUCAAAAUGAUGAUUGUUUGGCAAAUAUUAAUUGUGACUUUUACGUCUAUUCUCUCUCUCUUCCCCCCCCCCCCCCCCCCACCCCCCAUUGUUGGUUGCCAUCAGCGAUGUGUAAACUGAUAAUAUUCAUUGAUGAUGACAGUGUAUUAACAUUUACAUUGAAAUGCAAAAAUAAUCAUUGUCAAACCUGUUUCAGGUAUUUGUGAGCUGGAAUUCAUUUUUUUUUUAAAUUAUUACACAAUAGAGAGUAACAACUGUCUAGACAAAUGACACCCUCCCAACAUUUUAGGACAUCCACUGUCCCAAAGAUAAUCACUUGACUCAUUACAGCUAAUUGUUGCAUUUGUUGUCAGUUUCUGUGAAAAAUAUUGUAUUAGAAUGGUUUGACAUUUGCUUUCAUAAUAAACAUGUUACUCUGUGUAACUGUUACUUUUCGACAUUGACUGUGUGCAGUACCUUCCAGAAAUUAACUAUGACUUCCUAGUUCGAAAGUAAUACCUUUGUCUUUCAAACUAGUUUGAGCAACACAUAUACCUGCAAUUAACUUUAACACCAUAGCAUGGACAACUAGGCAAGAUUUUACCACAUUAUUUAUUUUUUUGUCGCUUUUGUAAUGUGACAUGUAAAUAUUGUGGUCGCAUUUGUUGGGUCCAAAUGCACUAAAAAUUACCAUUGGGUCUGACUUUACUGGUCGUAAUCUGUAGUAGUGGGGUGGUUUUAAUACCAGGGUAGUUUUACUAUAAAAUAAUAAUGAAAUAUUCCCGUCUUUAAAAUAUUAGUCUGUGGGUGGUCUUAAAAGCGGGGUGGUCAUUAAGUGGGGUUUUACUGUACUUGUUUUGGGUUUUGGAAUUGUGGAAAAAUUGCUUUCAUAAAUACAAGCUAUGUGUUGACCAAGAUAAGCUUGGUUUUCUGAUGCAGUGUUUAUUUGUUUUGUUUUGUUUGCUCAAUAUAAUAUAUGGCAAGCAUUUAAAUUAAACACUUUUUCUACUUUGUUUUCAUCUUGAAAGGAAAUAUUUUAAACAAAAUAAUGCAGUGGUGCAAAACAAUCACUGUGGCCAAAUCUACAAAUAUUGUAAAUGGCAUUCCCAAAGGAUAACAAAAAUUAACAAAUUUAUCCUAAUUUUAACUGUUUCGUGGAUGCACAAAAGUAUGGACAUAUAUCUGAUUUUUGUAAGCUUUUUUGUAUGAUUUUUAAACACAAACUGGAAUUUAAAAAAUUUGUUCUUGUUUUUAAUUUAAAUUAGAAUUUCAACAUUUAAAAAAAAAAAAUGUUAAAUAUACAUAUUCAUAUGUUAUACAUAUUCAUAUAGUCACAAGCCACUGAAUUACACUUAUACAUUUUUUUAAACCUAACCAAGGCCAGCGGCAACUAUGUCUAGUCAAAUCGAUAAUGCUUAACAAAUAUAUCAUUCAAUUUUGGUUUGGAGCACCUGGCUUCCCAGAGACCGAACCUGGGGCAGACAUGCUCGAAACCUUCGUAGUAUAUGAGCAUGCUAAAGUAUAACGCACGCUAAAGUAUAACGCACGCAUUCAGUGGUCCAUAUAUAAUAUAUACAUAUAAUAUAUUCCUAUAAAUGCUUGAAAUAAAAGAUUUGCAUUUUACUUAUUUACAAAUGUAUAUUUUUAAAGUAUUGUUUGCAUGCACAUUUCUUACAGAAGUGAUCUUGAGAUAUUUUAUUGGGGGGAAAAUAAGUUUUAUUUUAAUUCCUGUUGUACGCAAAAUAUUUGAAUUUUGAUUAUUUUGCAUUUUAUUUUUUUUGUUUUGGGGUUUUUUGUAUUCUAGGCAGUUUCUAUUAUGUAUUCUGUCAUUUUGAAAUGGGUUCUUAACAUUGUUUUAUUCCAACUGUUUUUCUUCAAAAACAAAUUGUGUAAUGAAAUUCAUGGAGGCCUACCUCUCAACGGGUGUAUUAUCAGGUGGGAAUACAUCUGUUUCAAGUUAGGUUAUUUCUAUCAACAUAAUAUUUACAAUUUAAUAAUUUAUGACAGUGCAAAUUUACUAGUAACAACAGGAUCAUUGUUGAAUGGUGCUAAGAUAUGAAUCAGAUAGUGUACUUGCAGUUUCUGCUCAUUUGCUGACUGUCAGCUUUUUAGUGAUUCUAUUAACAUUAUUUAAUCCAUUCCCAAACUGUUUUCAGAUUCUCAGAGAAUAAUCUUUAAACAAAUUUAAUAUAACUCUGAAGGUAAUACUUUUCAGACAAAACAAGAGCCAUUCAUUUGGAUGUUUUCCAGGGGUGUGGAAUUCCCAAGCAUUAGCACUGUCUGUAAUAUUAGACAGUCCACAUAUUUCUAUAAAUUAAUGUCAUUUGUCUUCUUUGUGUCAUAAUAAUGUUUAAUUAUUUUGUGAGAGAAAAUAAACUCAGUGAGUCCCUUAAAGACUCUUUAUAAUCCUUCCCACAGAUAUUAUAGAUAUAUCACAGCUUAUUGGUUGGAGUGGGUAAAACCACAAAGGACUCUGAGAACAAUGGAUAGUAUUGCAUAUUGCACCUACAAUGAUCUCUACCACUGAACUAAGAAUAUGUUUCUUACUAGUUAUUGCAUAAUAGUUCUGCUUUUCUUAAUGUUUGAUUGGUAUCUGUUAGGAAUUUGUGUGUGAACUAAAACAUUGUUAUUGGCCUACAGCCGAGGUGUGUAAAAUAGACCUCAUCAAUGAUCUUAUAAGUCAGAUCUUGGCAUAGAAAUCUAAGCUUAAUGUUGUUUUAUAUGCAUUAUAACAUACAUGAUGACACUGGUUUUCUAAAACUUUAUUACAAUUUACCAAUAUGCAUCAAGCUGAUUUACAAAAUAUUGUUGUACACAAUAGCUCUAUAUUAAGUCUGUUUGGGACAAGUAGUAUUUGGUGUGAAACAAGUAAAAUGUUCUAGCAACUUGUCUAAUUUGACAAGUUAACUGAAAAUCCAUUUAAAUACUGCCAGACUUUCAACAAACAUUUGAAAAGUACAUUUCAAAUGAGACAAAUAAAAAUGGAGAUGGACAAGUGGAUAUUGAGCAUUAAUAUAGAACCUGGUGCCACAUUAUGAUUUUGCUGAAAUACAUUAGUGCACACAUGUACAAUCAGAAUCAGUCUUCUGUCCACAUGGUCUAUUCAACAAGAAUUGAUAUUUUAGCAUGAAAUAGUCAUCACUUUAUGCAAACUAAUUUGCAGCACUGGGUUACUUUACCAUUUUUUUUUUUUUUCAUUUUUAUUUCAGUUGCAGUUUAUUUAUUUUCUGUCUAUAAUUGUCUCAUUGCUGUUUUAAGAUUCAGAUUUUCUUUUACUUCUCUGUUUAUAUUAAUUCUUUACUACCAGAUGCGACAAACAUUUAUGUGUACAGUAGUUUACUUAUAUACUUAAAAUCUUUGUCAGUCAUAAAAACGUAAGUAAAACAAUUGUAUGUAAUUUAUGUUUUGGUAUUAAAUGGCUAAUGAUAUUGCUCAAUGUGUCCAAUUUGCACUUAUCGUGAAAUGAAGGCAUUCACUCUAUCCCUUUCUACAGGUGUUUUUUUUCAUAACCACAUAAACUAGACAUAGCUGCCAUAAGAAUUGAAAAUGAAUUAUAUAUUUAACAUGUUUGUCUAAUAAUACAGCAUAUUUGUUGUUGUUUGUCAGAUGUGAUGGCACCAGGCUGUAUUGCUACAUCUUAUGCUGCUAGCUCAGAAUGAAUAACAGAUAUGACCCAUUUGUAUAUUUUGUUGUCAUGACAUCAGCUGCGUAUAUCGGUGAAUAUAUAUGUAUAUGAAUUGGUAAAUGUACAUAUACGUGUAGUUUAGUGUGAGCUAAUGGAGUGUUCAGUAUGUAGUGUUUAUUAAUACAGAGUUUUGCUGUGUUUUAACUGAUCAUUAAUACUAAUGUCAGUGCAAGAUAUUUAUAUUUGCUUAACAAAUGAAAGGGUGUUCAGUUGUUGGUGUUUUGGUGUGGAUACUAAAACGUUUGGUUGAAAACAAAAUUCAACAUAUUUUGAAGCCAUUUUAGUGGAAUGAGUCAUUCAUUGAAACUAUUUUACUGACUCAUUAUCAUUAUGGCUUUUUGCAGAUUUUCUGUUUAUUUUCUAAGAAAGUCCAUGUUUAUUCUGUUACAUUGUUUUUACUUGUACUUGCUUUUCAGAUUCUACACAAAUGACUAUAUUUAAAGUGCUUUGUUAAUUAUAUGUCAAUACAUCAACAAUGGAAAAUUUAA